AUGUCUGACAACAGGUCGCUCUGGAGCGAGUACAAGAACGCGGAGGGCCGUGUCUAUUGGUCCCAUGCCACGACCAAGCAAUCUGUCUGGGAAAAGCCCGACGAACUCAAAACACCUUUCGAAAAAGCCCUCGCCAAAACUCAAUGGAAGCAAUACACUUCCAAAAACCGACCUUACUAUGUCAAUUCGGCGACGAAAGAAACAAAGUGGGAUCUCCCGGCAGAGCUGGUUACGCUGAAAGCACAAGUCGAAGCGGAAGAGGCUAGGAAGAAUGAGAGGGAGGCUAGGAGGGAGAAGGGAGAGUCUUUGAGUCCUUCGCCCAGUCCCAGAAGGAUGUCGAGGUCGCCGACUCCUGAAGACAUCCGGGAGUUGCGAGCGUCCGCGGCGAGCGCCAUCGCCAUCUACAAGCAGGACACCUCUCAGACAGCCUCGCCUGCCGCCAAGGUCGACACGCCUAUUGCCACGAAACCCCAAGAAGAUUUGCUCCCUAUUGUCAUGCCUACUGGUGGUUUCCAGAAUAAACAUGAGGCUGAGAUCGCCUUCACGUACCUUUUGAAGCGCGAGGGCGUGAAUGAGACUUGGACUUGGGAUCAGGUCAUGAGGAAGAUUGUCCUGGAUCCUCUUUACAACGCUUUGGAAACACUGGCAGAAAAGAAGGGUGUCUUUGAAAAGUUUACCAACGGUAUCCUGGAAGAACGACGAGCAGCCAAGGAAGCUCGUAUCUCACGAUUCCGCCCCAUAUUCACCAAGCUGUUCACCAAGUCCAACGCCAUCAAGUCGUAUUCCACAUUGAAGACUGCCGACAGAGUGUUUGCAAAGGACAAAUACUGGAAGGAGGCGCUGCCGGAGGAGAAGCGAUUGAUCUUGGAGGAGUACACGGAUAAGCUGCGACGCGAGGAAGAGGUCGCCGAAAGGGAGCUCAAAGAGUACAACGUCCGCACCCUCAAAUCCCUCAUCCCCACCCUCUCCAUCACAGUCUCCACCCGCUGGCGCGCCGCGCACGAUCUCAUCAUCUCCUCCCCCGCCUUCCGCGCCGACCCCAGCCUGCAACAAGCCUCCGUCCUCGACAUGAUCAAAGCCUACGAAGACUACGCCUACAAGCUCGAGCAGGAGCACAAGGAAGAAAGCCGGAAAUUGCGUAUUGAAGAUGUGCGCCGGGCGAGGAAGGCUAGGGAGGGGUAUAAGGCGUUGUUGAAGGAGAUGGAGGAAAGGGGGGAUUUGAAGAGGACGUCGAAGUGGAGGGAGACGUAUGGGAUUGUCAAGGGGGAUCCGAGGUAUGAAGCGCUGUUGGGGCUUCCGGGGUCGUCGCCUUUGGAGCUUUGGAUGGACGCUAUUGAUGACUUGUCGGAGGAAGUUUCGAGGGCUGCUGAGAAGAUUGAGUACGCGCUCGGUAAGGCUGGGAAGGAGUUUAAGAAGGGGACGACGUGGGAGGAGCUCGAGGGAUGGUGCCAUGAGACGCAUAUGGACCAACAAAUCUCGGAAAGGCUCCGGAAAGAGGUCUUUUCACUUCUUCAAUCUCGCGCAAGGCAGCAGGAAGAAGAAGAACUUCGUAAAGCCGAGCGACGCCAGCGUCACAGAAUCGACGACCUCCGCUACGCCCUCCGGAAAGUCGACGCCAUCAAUAUCGACAUGUCUUACGAGCAAGCUCUUCCCCAUAUCAAGGAUGUUGCCGAGUUCAAGGCGAUGGAGUCUGAAGAGGAGAAACAGUUGGGUUGGGAAAAGUUUGUCAGGCGUCAGAAGGAAAAGCUUGCGGAAGGCGAAUCUUCUACUCAUCAUCGCUCUGACCGUGAUCAUCGAGACCGCAGAGACCGAGAUCGCGACUACCGCUCCGACCGCGAUAGAGCAUACUACAAAACCGAUCGUAUGGACGUUGAUCCUCGUGAGAGGGAUGAUGGGUCCCGAGGGGCGAAGAGGGAUGACAGGGAUAGAGAUAGGGACAGGAGGGAUAGGGGAGGAAGGGAUAGGGAGCGGGAUGAUAGGGACAGGAGGGAUAGGGAGUAUGGUCGGGAGAAGGCGAGGGAUAAGAGGGUAGGUCUUGAGGAUGAUGAUCGGGAUCCAAAGAGGAGGAGGUUGUCUUCUGUUUCAUCGGUGGCUGCCCCAGCGGCAAAGAAGGAUAGGCCCGAGGAGGUGGAAGAAGGAGAAAUUUAA